UUUGAAUGGAGUGUCGGUUUUCAUCGCAAACUCCGCCUCUGUGUUAUAAUGAAGCCUUCAAUCUCCCCGUCUGGAACCAAACUAAUAUCUCCGCACAUUCCUCCUCAACCUCGCUGUGGGAAGAUCGCCUUUUCACGCAGCUAUGCAGAGUGGUCGAUAGCACCUAACCGGACCCAGCGCUACACUCCAGUGGGGACCGCAACCGAGAAAAGAGACUGGUUAAUACACAAACCAAUCAAGGACCAGGCUAAACUUCAUCGCUGAAACUUUGUGUUUUUUUUGUAACAGCCUUAUUGUGUAAAUUUCAAGUCUGCAGCAGGCGCGCCGCACAAGAUCGAAGAAUCAGACUUCGUCCUAACUUUCUAGGCGUACAGCGCAAAAAAAAGCGAACCGCCUCUAAUGGAUCAUACGAGAUGUUUGUAGUUUAUUUUCUUUUUUCGUUUUUAUUUUUGUGUAUCUACCUCCAAAAAGAGACCGAGGCUGCAUUAGUCGUCCUAUACCAGCGCGGGGACGGGGCACAAGUCUGAACGACACGGACUCUCCUUUCUGCGUUUCACUGUGGGCUUUUUAAAUUUGUGUGCGUUGCGUUUGUUAUUACUUUGUCAUUUUUUUUAAGCCGUUGUGGAUUACUUCUUAUAUUGAUAUUUUUUAAAUUCGCUUUUUGUUUUUAAACAUGAAAAGGAGAGAGAUUCUGAAAAUGUAUAUUCACAAGAAUAUCUGAACCGUGGGAUCCGAAACACGCACCACUUUUUGCAGAGAAACUAAAGUGGACUCGACUGAGUGCUGCUGCAGGGUUGUUUUGAACGGGAGCCGGGUGCAGGCGGCACAGGAUAUAACAGGACGGCACUAAAGGGUUUUAUAUAGAUAUAUUUUCUUAUCUACUGGAUUUAAAAACUGUUUUAACGCGCAGAUAUGCCGCAGUUAAACGGAGGCGGUGGGGAUGACUUGGGGGCGAACGAUGAGAUGAUCCCGUUUAAAGACGAAGGGGAACAGGAGGAGAAAAUCUCCGAAAAUGUUUCGGCGGAGAGGGACUUGGACGACGUAAAAUCCUCGCUGGUGAACGAGUCUGAAAAUAACAGCAGUUCGUCAGAUUCGGAGGCGGAGAGGCGCCCUCAACCAACGAGACAAGACUUAGAAAACUACGAGAAAGCUAGAGAAUACUUUAGCGAAGCUUUAAGAAGACAGCAAGAUGGAGGAUUUUUUAAGAGUCCCCAUUAUCCUGGAUAUCCGUUUCUAAUGAUCCCAGAUCUCUCAAACCCAUACCUAUCCAGCGGUUCCCUCUCCACCGGCGCUAGAACGUACCUGCAGAUGAAAUGGCCGCUCCUCGAUGUUCCCGGAUCGGGUGGACUGAAGGACUCUAGGGCAUCGACGCCUGGACACUUAUCGAACAAGGUCCCGGUGGUGCAGCAUCCCCACCACAUGCACCCCCUGACCCCCCUCAUCACCUACAGCAACGAACACUUCUCCCCGGGCACCCCCCCUCCACACCUCUCUCCAGAGAUCGACCCAAAGACAGGUGAGACUGGAGGCUGGAUGGAGCAGCACCUGCCCGCUGGCUCUCUGGGCUGGCUCAGCAAGGAACGCUCCUUUUAUGGUAUCCCAAGGACACCCCACCCCUCAGAACUCUCGCCCUACUACCCGCUGUCUCCCGGCGCUGUGGGGCAGAUCCCACACCCUCUGGGGUGGCUGGUACCCCAGCAGGGCCAGCCCAUGUACUCAAUACCUCCGGGGGGAUUCAGACACCCCUACCCAGCUCUUGCAAUGAACGCGUCCAUGUCGAGUUUGGUGUCCAGUCGCUUCUCCCCCCACAUGGUGUCCCAUCACCCACACAGCCUUCACCAGACGGGCAUCCCUCACCCCGCCAUCGUCUCGCCCGCCAUCAAGCAGGAGCCCAACCAGGGCCACCUCAGCCCCUCCAUGCACUCCUUCCCUCUCUCUGAUCUGGGAUUGUUCACUGUCUCUCGCAGGAAGUCUCCCGCGCCUGUAAAGAAAGAGGAGGAAAAGAAACCACAUGUGAAGAAACCACUCAACGCUUUCAUGCUCUACAUGAAGGAGAUGAGGGCCAAGGUGGUGGCGGAGUGCACACUGAAGGAGAGCGCAGCCAUCAAUCAGAUACUGGGCCGACGGUGGCACUCCCUGACGCGAGAAGAGCAAGCCAAGUACUACGAACUGGCGCGCAAAGAACGGCAGCUCCACUCGCAGCUCUACCCCGGGUGGUCAGCGCGAGAUAACUACGGCAAAAGGAAAAAGAGGAAGAGGGAAAAACAGCAGCCGGAUGGAGAGUUGGAAGAUCAAUUCUCCUCGCGGAACAAGAAGCCUUGCACGCAGUACAUGCCUCCUGACAAGAUGUGCGACAGCCCGGCCUCGUCCCACGGCAGUAUGCUGGACUCUCCGGCCACUCCCUCCGUGGCCCUGGCCUCCCCUGCUGCCCCAGCGGCCACGCACUCGGAGCAGGCACAGCCGCUGUCCCUGACCACCAAACCAGAGGGUCGGGCGCACCACCCCCACCCCCACUUCUCACUGUCCAGCAAGCCCCGAGGCCCCUCCCCUUCCUCCGCCCAACCCGGCCUCUCGCUGUCAAUUGGCUCUCCGGGCAGCCAAUCUCCGCAUAUCCUGUCCCGGCCAAUCCCCUUCAGCUCACUCCAACACGCCAUGUUGACUCCUCCCACUUCCUUUCAUCAGGCCGCCCUCCAUUCCCAUCAUGCAUUGCUCCAGUCCCAGCCGCUGUCCUUGGUAACCAAAUCAGCCGACUAAAAAAAAAAAAAAAAAAAAAAAGAGAAGUAAAUAAAUGUGUGUUUUUUGUUUUGUUUUUAAAUGCUGUAUAUUGCUUUUUACAUUAUUAGUUAUUAAAGGACAAAAAUUAAAAAAAAAAAAAAAAAAAGUUACUGAAAGGAAGUUUUUUAUUAUUGGUCAAUAUUUGAUCACCAACUCCAAUUAUUAUUAUUAUUUUUUUUUCUGUAAAGUUUACCACAGUUCAUAAACGGGAUGGUUAUUUACUUUUUUUUCUUUUUAAAUGCAUUUAUCCAACAAGCUAUGUAUAAAAAGAAAAACAUGUUUCUAAAGGCUUCUUUUUUAAUUAGUUAAUCUUCAUGAGGCUAGUUGGGAGUUUUAUUUCCAGUACUGAGUGUGUGAACAAUCUUGAGGCACAUGUUCAAUAAACCUUGAAAUCCUCAUUUGUAAAA